ACAACAACGACAUCGACCACCAGGUAUACCGCAACAGAGAGAAAACGAAGGUGAAGUGGACGUUGACUGCUGAAACGAGUUGCCGUACCACCUAGUUCGGUGUGCAGCCCGGCCCGGUGGGAAUUCUGCGGGCCGACGAACCUUCGCGGGCAGGUGACGAGGAUGGCUGCUUCACAUACCAACAACAACAUCCUUUCAGGCCUAGCCGGAGCCGACCUGCCAGAACCUCAGCAGAAGGCAUAUCUCGAAGGCCAUGACGCCGACAUUCCAACUGACAUUGCGCUCGCUAAACCGCGGCAGUCUCACGAGCACGACUCGGAGAAGAGCGCUCCACAGUCGAGGACGACUUUCGUAGACGAGUCUCUCAAUAGCACGGUUCCAUCCGCAGACGAUGAUGAGCAAGACCCCAACAUUGUCUACUGGUCCAGCCCAGACGAUGCUGCCAAUCCCCAAAACUGGCCUGCAUCCACGAAAUGGACGCAAAUCGCAAUCCUCAGUGCCCUCACCUUUCUCACUCCUCUUGCAUCUUCGAUGUUCGCCCCCGGAGUGCCAGAAUUGAUGCGCGAAUUUGAGACUUCAUCGUCAGUGCUCGCAACCCUCGUCGUAUCCAUCUACGUGCUCGGCUUCGCGUUUGGACCCCUCGUCAUUGCGCCUCUUUCGGAGCUGUAUGGGAGACUAUGGGUCUAUCACACAUGUAACCUGGGAUUCAUUGGCUUUACCAUUGCGUGUGGACGAGCACAAAGCAUGGGUGAAUUGUGCGUCUACAGGUUCCUGCAAGGUGUCUGGGGAGUGUGUCCCGUCACAAUCGGAGGAGGUACCAUUGCUGAUAUGAUGCCGCCGGAAAAACGGGGAGGCGCAAUGUCGAUUUGGGCACUGGGCCCAAUGCUGGGACCCGUUGUGGGGCCUGUAUGUGGAGGUUUCCUCACAGAAGCCAAAUCAUGGAGAUGGAUCUUUUACGUGAUCGCAAUGUGCACCGCGGUCCUCGCCAUCCCCGCCUUCUUCAUCUUGCGCGAGACCUACGGGCCAGUCCUGCUCGAACGCAAAGCUGCCCGUCUGCGAAAGGCCGCCAAUAACCCCAACCUUCGCUCCAAACUCGACAAUGGUUUGACCCCAAAACAACUCUUCCUCCGCGCCAUUGUUCGCCCGACGAAGAUGCUCUUCCUCUCUCCGAUCUGUGGCCUCAUGAGUUUGUACUUGGCCAUCGUGUACGGCUUCUUAUACCUUCUUUUUACCACCUUUACCUUUGUCUUCAAGGACAAUUACAACUUCGGCCCUUCCAUUGUCGGACUGGUGUACAUUGGUAUCGGAUUGGGAAACUUUAUUGGUCUUGCCGUUUUGGGUGCCAUAUCAGACCGACUCGCCAAGGCUCUUGCCCUCAAAGAUCAGAAGAGAAAUGGUGGUACUGGAGGCGAUGGGAAGAUCAAACCAGAAUAUCGCCUGCCACCACUCAUUUACGCUGGUCCGCUCAUCCCCAUCGGACUCAUCAUCUAUGGUUGGACGGCACAAUACCACAUUCAAUGGGCAGUCCCGAUUUUCGGUACCCUUCUCGUCGGAAUUGGCUUGAUUGCAUGCUUCAUGUCCAUCAACACCUAUCUCGUCGAUACCUUUCACAUUUACGCAGCCAGUGCGCUCGCUGCGAAUACCGUGUUGCGGUCUAUUCUCGGCGGCGUAUUUCCGCUCUUUGGCCUGCAAAUGUAUGACGGACUGGGAUUGGGAUGGGGCAAUAGCCUUUUAGCAUUUGUUGCACUCGCCAUGUGUCCGAUUCCAUGGGUGUUUUAUCACUACGGCGAGAGAAUCCGGACACAUCCGAAAUGGCAGGUGCAGUUCUGAUAUGUACCUACCUAGGUACCUUAGGCAUUGAUGAAGGAGGAGUCUUUACGAAUUCAACUGCUGCUGCUGGAGUUGGCGGGAAACAGAAGCCAGCCACGGAUUGCUAAAGAGGUACGUAACUACCUUAGGUACACGAGGCGCCUCUGCGGCGUUUUGUUGUCAUUUUUUAGAAAGUGACUAGAUAUGACUUGCAGGAUGAUGGGUAUUACAUGCUCUCUCUUUCUUUCUUUCUCUCUCUCUCUUUCUCUCUCUCUC